AUGGCCAGCUCGUCCAGACCAUUUUCGGCAGCCCGGCCGAAACGCGCAGGGGACCAUUUCACACGAACCCACCACCUGGACGCAGAUGAACCCUCCGCGAAGAAACCUCGCUUCGACCCGCGAAACCCCUCUACCUUAGCGCCCGACAAUGACGAUGAAGAGGAUCCGACGUUGGAAGCCGAUGUGAUUGGCAAGGGCGGCGCCGGCGUAAAGCGCAAUGCUGUGAACAUCGAUGGCUACGACUCGGAUAGCUCUACAGAAAACUUUGACACUCGUGCGGAAGCUAGGAACAAAAAAUAUGCUCCUCCCAAAGAUGAAGACGAUGAUGAUGACAUGUUCGCGGAGGACCAGAAAGACAAUGAACAAGACGAAGAUACACGGCGCGGAGAUAAGAAGAAGAAACAGUUGCGCUUUCUUGAUAGCCAUGAAAUAGAAGGGCAGGAGGAAUCUAGCAAGGGAGGAGGACAUGUUGCAGUCGAUUUUCACGCAGAGAACCGCAUGGAAACAGAAGAGGUAGAGAGUAGCAGCGAGGAAGGCGACGAUGAAGAGCGCGAUGCGCUCGAUCCUGGCAUGGAUGAGGAGAUUGGAGCAGGUGGCAAGAAGCAUCAUGCACCAAAGCUGGAUGCCUUCAACAUGAGAGCCGAACAGGAAGAAGGCCGCUUCGACGAGGCAGGGAACUACGUCCGUAAAGCAUUUGAUCCGGAAGCCGCCCAGGAUUCAUGGCUAGAAGGUGUUUCGAAGAAAGACAUCCGGAAGGCCAAAGAAGCUCACGAAAAGCUCGAAGCAGAGAGGAGAGAACGUGAGCGGCAGGAAGACUCCAUCGUAACCAGCGAUGUACUCUCUUCGUUGAUCCAGCACCUGGAAGUCGGGGAGUCACCGAUGGAAGCUCUGAUACGGCAUGGAAAAGCGGCGCCAAAGAAGAAAAAGACGAGCAACUGGAGCAAGAAGAAGAAAGACCAAGAAAUGGAUGUCGAGAUUGACCCAGCACAGGAAGCCGCGGCAGCCAAAGCCAAAGAGGCAAUCGAUACCAUAACGGAAUGCGCCAGCCGCUUGACGGAUCGCGGCGUCGAAGACAUCUACGAUCAACCCCGCGAAAUGAUUAUGCGCGCAUACAAGCGCGAGACAGGGGAGGACUGGAAGAAUCCUAAUUCUACCGAAGCUGCAUGGGAGUUUCACUGGCUGAGCGCACCAGAAGGCGCUAUCAACGGGCCCUAUGACACAGCGACUAUGCAGGCUUGGGACGAGGGCGGGCAAUUUGCGGCUGGCGCCGAGUUCCGUCGCGUAGGAGAAACAGAGUGGAGUCGUUUGCUCGACUUUGACGAUUGA